UGAUGAAAUUUUGGUGGCACUUCCUCAUUUUUGGGUUGCUAUCUCAAUGGGAUUCUUUUUUGUUGGUACCGUGUUCACUAUUCGAAAGCUGUCUGGUGACACAAGUUCUUUAAGCUGGUGGGAUGUGUUCUUGUAUUUCGGAAUUGCAGAGUGCUUUGUGUUUCUUGUUUGUACAAAGUGGUGUAAUCCACUAACUCAUACAAAUUCUCAAAUACGUGUAGGAAGCUCAUCAUCAAGGGCUAUUAGAUAUCUCGAUUGGAACAGUGAUGUAACGGAGUCCACCGAGGAUAUCUCCGAAAAUAGGUUGUGUGGUCUACAAGACACAGUUUGCAUUGUCAUGAAAAUUCUAAUCGUCGGUUUUCAAAUCCUCCUUUGUAUGCACUUGGAGGGUAAACCUGCUGCUGCUAGACUUGUCCGUCUUCCUGUUGUCUUCUCUCCCGUAUUGUUAGUGCAAGGAUUAGGAGUACUUUUUGCAACAUCUAAUUUGGUCGAGAAAAUUCUUCCUGGGGUCGGUACUAGAAUAUACUUUACAUAUGCUACUAGAGCUCGUGAUUCCCUUGGUUGUUUGCAACGCCGCUUCAGGCUGUUUAGUCGGUGGUCAACUGAGGUGCUUCGACGGUGGUCAACCAAGGUGCUUCGUCGGUGGUCAACUGAGGAAGGAAGCCGGGAAGAACAAACACAAAAUAACCACAAUGGGUCUUCUGGGCAAGUUCAUUUUCUUUAUUUUUCGUAGCUAAUUAUUAUUCUGUCAUUCUA